AUGGCGGCAAGGCUUCAAAAAAGUUUGAGGGAUUUGGAUGAUGGUUCGUUUGAUGCAAUUCUGAAGAGAGUUGAGCAGGUUACUGAAAACAAGGAAGAGCAGAUGGAGGAGCUGACAAAAAUUGUCGUGAAGAAUUUUGUAAAUAAGGUGAGGAUGAGAAGAAGCCGGAGCCCCGGCGAAUUAGGUGUUGGAGUCCUUCUCAACAUUGCUAACGUACCCAGAAAGAAGAGAUCAUGGAUGGGAGUUUCCAAGAGGCAGAAAGUUAGAAACAUUAACAAUACUACUGGGCUCAAUUCAUCAGACAUCCCAACCCCACCAGAAGAACUUGUGGAACACAUCAAAAACAUGUAUGGCCCUCAGCAACUCGUUCUGGUAAUAGAAAAAAAUCUGGCCCACUCUGAUUUAAACUCACACCAGGGCCGCUUCUCUAUUCCAAGACUUCAAGUUAGAGCUAAGUUUCUUGAGCCAGAUGAAAAACACAAGCUCAAAAAGAGUCAAAGCAUAGAUGUGACAAUUAUAGACCCAUCGUUUGAAGAAACUACUCUCACUUUAAAAAGAUGGAGGAUGAACAAAACUUUUUCGUAUAUGUUGUGUGGCAAAUGGAAUGAAGUUAAAGGAAGGAAUGCAGAAGCAUUUAAAGUAAAUGCUAAAACUCAUGCCGUUGUACAGCUAUGGAGCUUUCGAAGGAACCCAUCAAGACUUUGUUUUGCACUCAAUGUGGUGGCAUAG